CUUAAGUUUGUGUAAAUUAAGAAAUGUGAUGUUGAUUGCUUUGUAAUAACCAGUAUUUCUGUGUACUUUCAGGUUGUGCCUCCACACACUGCACUAUGCCGGGCUGCUUGCUGCGAGGAGGCAGCAGUCCUCUGCUCUGCCUGUGGGCCCUGCUGCUUCUGCUGCUGCCUCUGGUCUCCCUCCAUAGCCUGAACCAGCAUGGGAGCAGGGGCCACCGUGCGAGGGACCGGCCCAAGCUGCUGCUCGUGUCCUUUGACGGCUUUCGCUGGGACUACGUCGACCGGGUCCCGACGCCCAACUUCCACAACAUCAUGAAGGAGGGCGUGAUGGUAGAGCGGGUGGAGAACACCUACAUCACCAAGACCUUCCCCAACCACUACAGCCUGGUGACUGGUCUGUAUACAGAGACGCACGGCAUUGUGGCCAACGAGAUGUACGACCCCGUCCUCAACCGCUCCUUCUCCAUGGAGACAGACAGUAUUUAUGAUUCACGGUGGUGGGAGGAGGCGGUGCCCCUCUGGGUAACCAUCCAGAAAGCCGGAGGGCGGAGCGGGGCGGCGAUGUGGCCAGGGUCUGAUGUGAAGAUCCACGGCAUGUUCCCCUCUCAGUUCCUCCAGUACAACGCCUCCGUCUCCUUUGAAACCAGAGUGGAGCGGAUCAUUGGGUGGUUAUCUGCGCCUAAUGAGGACGCAGUGGAUUUUGGAGUCCUUUACUGGGAGGAGCCAGACGAAAGCGGGCACACUUUGGGGCCUCAGAACUCCCUCAUGGAUGAAGUCAUCGUCGGGAUCGAUGAGAAACUCGGCUUCCUCAUCAAUGAACUGAAAAAGGCCGGGCUGUUUGAGAAAGUGAACCUGAUAGUGACCAGUGACCACGGGAUGACACAGCUUUUCACUGAUAACAUCAUAGAACUGGAUGAGUACGUGAGCAGAGACCUGUACACCUGGGUGGAUAAGAGUCCGGUGGUGGGGAUACUGCCCAACGAAG